AUGCAAAGCAUCAAUUCAUUACGGUUAGUAUUGGAACUCAUCCCAUCUAUUAGCGGUCGGAAUUCAGGACAAAUCGUUGCACCUCCAGCAAACACUCUAUCUACAUGCAAUCAAAAAUCAUUUUCUCGACAAACCGGACCGAAUUCUAAAAGAACAUCGAAUGAGCAACGACACAUGGUGCCAAGUGUGGUGCAGACACAAAAAAAGUAUCAAACCAAGGCAUGUGCGCAUAUUCGUUUCAUUUGCAUUGGACAGAUGCCAAGCAGACUUACUAUCGCAUUCUCUGAUCAGCUACAGGUAGUGACAGGUGGCGAGCCUUACGCAUUGCGCUUAGAUAUAUCUUGUGAACUUGUAUCCGGUCGAUACCGAAGUAUAAAGGGCACUUUCAUCCCUUCAUGCCAUGUUGCAAACAUCGUUGACACGAAGGGAUUGUGCCUGAAGCAGCUUGGAAAUCUAAAUAGAAUUGAAUCGUUUUGUUUGCCAUGGAAGAAUGUCUCCCGAUGUCAUCUACAUGAUGUGCGCGGAUCACUUAGUUAA